UUACGUUCAUCAACUACAUUAAUAUUUCCAAUUUCGAAUUUGCGAUCUGGAUAAGAGCAGGAAAUCAGUGGCAGAGAGAAGUGGGAAGCCAUGUCUACAUGCAACAUGAACAUGGCAUCAGCAGCAGCUGCUGGUUUUCUACCUGUUUCGGCUUCAAACACAACUGCAUCUUCAUCAAGAACAAGUGUCUCAUUCUUGAACUUCAAUAACCGUGGUUUGAGAAGGCACUUGGUAAUUGUAAGGGCAUCCGAAGAAGAGCCAGCGGCACCUGCAGCUGCAGCCACCACCACCACCGAUGCGCCGGCUGAAGGUGCUAAAACCGAGGUCAAGGCCGCUAAGCCACCACCGAUUGGUCCCAAGAGGGGUUCUAAGGUGAGGAUUCUACGAAAGGAAUCUUAUUGGUAUAAAGGUGUUGGAUCGGUCGUAACUGUUGAUCAGGAUCCAAAGUCACGUUACCCUGUGGUGGUCCGAUUCAACAAAGUGAAUUAUGCAAACGUGUCCACCAAUAACUACGCAUUGGAUGAGAUUGAAGAAGUUGUGUAAGAAUUACAUACCAAAUUGUUAUGCCAAUGUGUAUAGACGUUACUUUAUCUGAAGAAUACUCUUCCCUAAACAUGAUUAUGUAAGCCCAAAUUUUCUGGAAGAAAAAUAUGAAUGUGCAUACAUAACAUUAUAUCUA